AUGGUCGUCCGAGUUGGAGCUCGAUUGUCGGAGGGUGGAGAGGUGGUGACACGAGACCUCACACAGUUCCCGGAGCGCGUGGCCAGCGCCACAGCCGCUCUGGUUCUGAGGCCUGGGCAGCUGCGCUCUCUGGGGGAAGGGCCCCGCACCUCGGUGGUCGGCAGCCACAGCGCGCAGGCGCGAACAGGUGUGCGCCAUUUGAAAGAAUGGCGCCGGCGGGGCGGCUUGGUUCUGUGUGAAGAGAAGAUCCAGAGGAAGACCGGGCUGGCGCCUCACCGCGGCCUGGGUGAACUUCGGUCAUUAUCUAUUCCUGGAACUUACCAAGAAAAGAUUACUCACCUAGGAAAUUCUUUGAUGAAUUCUCUAGGUCUCUCACGAAACUCCUUGGUUAGUCUAGAGGGCAUCGAGUACCUGACGGCGCUGGAGCGUCUCAGCGUCCACUACAGCCGCGUCUCCUCGCUGGCGGAAGUCUUCCGUCUUCACUCCCUAACGGAGCCCGCGGAAGCGGACUUGCGGCUGAACCCCGUGGCGGAGAGCAAGCCUGACUCCCGCCUCUUCGCCGCGCACCUGCUCCCGCGGCUCCGGCAGCUGGGAGCCACUUUGCUGCUAAUGCCCCCCCCCCUCCUGGCCCCGGUGUUGCACUUCCCGGGGAGAGAGCUGGGGCGUGUGCCUGAGGGCAUGCUGGCCGUGCAGACCCUGGGGAAGGAGAGGCUUCGAGUCUCGGACUGGGUCCUCCCGGCCCUGGACUGCCUGGGGAGGCUGGGGGGCUUUCGGGGCAUCUCCACCUCCCAGGCACUGAGCUACCCAAACCCAAAUGAGACCCACAUCAUGGCGGCACCUGUCAGUUGCUCUGCGGCGUCUCCUCCCUGGACGACCGCCUGUGAGGGAGAGCGGGCGGAAAGCCUCCGGCUGCGUUUUGCUUCGGAGGAGUCUGACUCCAAGCAGAGCUUCCCAGCUGUUCUCAGAGUGGAAAGACCGCAUCACUCCAGAGCCAAGUGCACUGACCCCUCGGCCAAGAAGUGCUCGGUUGCGGACGCGGAUGACGAGGCGGCCCUGAACCUCGCUGCUGAGUGUGAGUAGGACCUGAGCCACCCCCCGGGCUCUUCUUCAUUCAGUAACCUUGGCGCCCUUGCAAAUUCGGUGGGCCAGAGUCUCUGGGUUCUGUUGACCGUCGUGUUGGUCUUGAUUCCUCGGCCGAAGUUUCUCCCGACUUUUAAAGCGUUGUCGACUGCAGCAGAGCCGCGGCACCUACUGAGUCCUGAGUCCGCACAGCACCAGUGUGGGGCCUCCCUGAGGAAGGGCCCCGGGAAGCGGAGGGGCAGCUCCAGCGGGGGCUGCGCGGAGCCGAGGACGCAGGGCCAGCGCCGUGGCGAGCCCCCCCAGCAGCACUUUGCCCCUCGUCCAGGUGACCCCAGCCUCACUGUUUGCUCUCGCUACUCUUCUCUUCAUUACCCCACGGACACUGAGGACUCAGCCCCUUCUUCUCAGAAGACAAGUUUAUUGAUGCAAAAGGGGUUAAAUCCCUUGCCCGCUCCGGAGAAGCACAGGAAGCGAAGGGUGCCUGGCGGGAGGUCCCAGGCGCCUGCGGACCAGGAGUGUCUGAGCUGCCAGGAGGGGCGGCCCGGAGGGCUGGAGCGAGGGGCCCUGCUCCCACCCGGCAGCCUCGGAGCCCGGGCAGCAGAGGCCGCCCAGCGCGCGCGCCUCCUCGUCCCGCCGGCGGGAGCCACCCGCGGCGCUCUCGGGAGCGGGAGCCCUGGGCACGCGUCCUUUGCUUCUCCGAAGGACACGUCCUCAUCCAGGAGUGGACGUUCUCCCCCAGAGUCACCCAGAGCGGUUGUGGACGAUGCCUCGUCGCCCUUGUCACUGGCCCAGUUGGAGAUGGAGACAUUCUCAAAGUUUGGGCCACGAGUGAAGACCACCCAGCAGACAGUGGGUGGCUUGCCCUCUGAGGUCACGGGGCAGGGGCUGGCCCUGCCACAUCACUCCCAGGCGGGCGGUGGUGGGGGGGAGAGCGUCCCAGCGAGGAGGGCGGCUGGGGGCUGGGGCUGGAAGGGGGCGUCCCACGAGGUUGGCGAGGGCAGCGCCUGGCCCCCUGUGCUUGUUCCUGAGCUGGAGACGAUAGAAUCAGGGACGCUGGGCUUGUCAUGUGGACACACGUGCAGGGGGCGGGGAGUGCUGCAUCAUACCCCCUGGUUUCGGGCAUGGAAAACGCCAUGGUCGUGGUUUGUUUCCGUGCAGGUGUGUCCCAAAUUGCACUUGGCCGUGCCGCGCGGGAAGAAGGCCACCCUGGAGGUGGCGCUCCUCGACCUGGUGGACGGGCAGUGGAGUGGCUGCAGGCCCCCGCACAGCAGUGAGGUGUUCCUCGCUCAGGCAAGACACAUUUUGUCAUCUGUCCAAGAGUUUACAGCCACUCAGAACAGUUCGACAACAGUGAAUGAAGAAAUUAGCUCCCUGACUAUGGAAAAUAAGUCUUUGCAGAGUCGCCUUGCUGAGCUACAGCAGCGGUGUAGUGUGAAGAUGAGUGAGCAGGUGUCGGAACUCAGCGACACUCGGAAGGAGAUGGUGAGAUCACUGCGGCAGCAUCGGGACAGAACUCUGGAGGAAAGCAGGAGCUUGACGUCUCUUCUGUUCAGCGUGAAGAGAGAAGUGAGAAACGCCGACGCUCCAUCCACACUGGACUUGCAGACCACUGGACUUCAGACAAGUGUGAAGCGGCUCUCCGGUGAGACUGUGGAAGUAAAGCAGCGUCUGGAGCACUACGACAAGAUCCAGGAGCUCACCCGGAUGCUGCAGGAGAGCCACAGGUCCCUGGUCGGCACCAACGAUCACCUUGGGGAGCUGGGCCGGGAGCGGGCGCGGCCCGAGGCCGCGGUGGAGCAGCUGCACUGGAGCUACAGGGCACUCACGACGACCCCCAGGGCCCCGUUCCCCAGCCCCGCGCCCGCGCCUGCGCCCUGA